AUGGCUCUGACAGGUGCUAGAUUCAUCGAAGAAAACAAUGCCUAUAAAAACCAGCAAAAGCAAAUACAGCACAAUCAGAGAAUGCCUCCGGGAAUGGCUUCCCAGGAACUAAUGGCAUACUGGGGUUAUAAGUUCGAGACACUAUCCCUCCUCAAUCAGACAUGGGAUUCGACUCCCCGCAGCGAGAUUGAGGGUCGUGAAGACUUGGUCGUGAACAACAAUGCACAGUACUGCUCUAUUGUUCGGACAGGAAUAGGUAGUACCCGGCUAGUUAUCGGUGGAGAGGUCGAUGCCGUUUGGGAUUCCAAACCUGACCGCAAAGAAGAUCCGAUCAACUGGGUGGAGCUUAAAACCUCAGCCGAGAUCAGGAAUGAUCGGGAUAUGGUUAAAUACGAGCGGAAACUUCUGAAGUUCUGGGCUCAGUCUUUCCUACUUGGCGUCCCCAAGAUUAUUGUGGGCUUCCGUGAUCAACAAGGCAUUGUCCACCGGCUCGAGGAGCUCGAUACGGCCAGCUUACCCGGCAAGGUCAAGAAAUUUGGGAAAGGGACAUGGGACGGAAAUAUCUGCAUCAACUUUGCGGCCGAGUUUCUCGACUGUAUGACUCGUCCCCUUGCUCUCGAUAUUGGUAAUAACCUGCUAAUGUGCACGAGGGUUAAAAUCAACAAUAUGUGA